AAAUACCAUUAAUAGCACCCGACACGGGACCGAUUUCCACUCGAAACUUCCUCCUCUCUCCCUUUUCUUCCCGUUGGGCUCUCUCGCCUACAAAAACCCUCCGCUCCUCCAAUUCUAUCACAGUUCUCGGCAUCAAAGCCUCCUCCAUCCCGAUUCCCGCCGCCUGUGAGAACAAGAAGAGAAAGAUGAGCUACUACAACCAGCAGCAGCCCCCCGUCGGCGUCCCUCCUCCCCAAGGGUAUCCGCCGGAGGGGUACGUGAAGGACGCCUACCCGCCGCCGGGGUAUCCGCCACAGGGGUACCCACCGGCGGGUUAUGCGCAGGGGUACCCACAACAGGGCUACCCUCCACCGUACGCUCAGCCGCCGCCCCAGCAGCAGCAGAGUAGUGGGCCUUCCUUCCUCGAAGGAUGCUUGGCGGCCCUGUGUUGCUGCUGCGUUUUGGAAGCCUGCUUUUGAGAGGGUCCGAAGGCACGCAGCCUCCUGGUGGGGAAGGCAUGUCGUCAGCUGUUCUUUCUAGAGGGACAUUAUUUAUUUUAAAGCUUCCUUUUUUUUUUCCUCUUGUUUUUCUUCUCCCCUUCUCAUCGUGACCUGGAGUGAGAUAUCAUUUUCUGAAGAAGUAGAGAAAUUAAAGAACUUGUUAGUGUUUUAACGUGUCAUUGUGGCUAUCUUUUGAUGUUUACUGGGUCUGUGUUUUGGUACGUUGAUAUAUAUUUCCUUGGAUCAACAAUAACAAAAGCAGAGAUAAAAAAUUGGCCGGAGGUAAA